AUGUCGUCAUUGGCCCAGCUCUCCAAGCUAAAAAUAUCACAUCUCCACCUGCUUGCCCAGUUAUGUGGUCUUCCCGUGCCGCCCAAGGCCACCAAGGCUGCUCGUGUAGCCAACAUCGUCUCGGGCCUCACUCUCGCUAGCCUCGUCCCCGCGGCUCCCUGCACCGUGCUAGCCAUCGACAUUGGCGUCAAGAACUUCUCGUACUGCGCGGCGUCCUACGCCAGUCUCCAGGCACCCCCCGUGGCCAGGGUCUCGCGCUGGAACAAGCUCGAUCUCCACGCGGCCUACGGUUCGUCCUACGUCCCGCUACUCCUGCCCCAGUCCUCGGUGGACUCGCGCCGCUACUUGAACCAUUUGUGCGUGCUGGCUGCAAAUGAUUUGCUCGCACUACGUCCCGACGUAGUGGUGAUGGAGGUCCAGCGGACUCGGUCCAACAACAAUGCUCGGACCCUUCCCAAUGUGCUUGUCAACUACACGGUGGAGGCGCUUCUCCACUCGACGCUCACCAACGCUGGCCUUGUGGUGGUGCCCAUGCAUGCCACGUCCAUGGCCUCGUUCUGGAUCAACCGCUUCUUCAAAAAAGCGUCGCUAGCGCGCACUAAACUGGCGUCCUCCACCAAGGCCUGGCGGUCGCUACUCGUGUUCGAGUCACUCUUGCCUUCCGGUGCCGUAGCCAUGCCUGGCUUUGCUCCUGCGAGCAACUUGCUGGCGUCUAAGAAGGCAGCGGCGUUGUUGUCUCAUCUCGCUAUCGAGCCUGCUGCUGCCAACAAGAUCGACGACUUGGUGGACUCGCUCUUGUAUAACCUCACAAUAAGUGCUCAGCUCCACAACCAACACUUGUUGGUGGAAACGUUGGCUAGCGAGGGAGACCUCGUGCGGUUUAUUUGCGAGCGCAACGCCCACCAGGUGCGGAUGGUCCAGGUGCUCAUGGACAGGUACGAGCUCGAGUUGGCCGAGGAAUUCGAGGGUCUUGUGGGGUGA